CGCAAAAUAAGCAACAACAAAAUUGCAUCACAACGCUGCAAAUUGCAAUUUGAAAUAAAUAAAAAAAAAAUGCAAUGCGAAAAAACUACUUGAGUUCUACAAAAAUCAAUAAGCAGCAAGCGCAGCAGCAGCGAAGGAAAACUGAAAAGCAGCAACAACUAGCAAAGUAAAGGAACAGCAACAACAGCAACAACAACAACUACUAGUGCAAGAGUAAGAGAAGCAAAAGCUUCAGCCUGAGUAGGCGUAAGCUCGAAGCGCAGCAAAACGCAGUCAACGUUUUGUUUUGUUUCUUUAUUUUGGACAAAACGAACGGAGAGUAAAAAAAAAGUGAAACGUUAAUUUUACAUAAUUCAUUAGAUAAAGCGAGAGAGAGAGAGAGAGAGAGAGAGAGGACACUGCGGCCAGUGGGCCAAGUAACGCCAACAUGCCCUCAUUAAUGGAAGCUCUCAAGAGCAAAUACUUUGCCGAAUGUGAAUUCGAGAAUGCCACACAGUCGGAGCUGCAUAAGCGCUCUGAUUUGCCCAACGAUUUUACCGUUACAAAAUGUGGCACACGCAUGGAAUUCUCCAUCUCCAUAUUCAUACCGCGUCUCUCGCCACUGACCAGUGUGCUCGUCCUGAAUGACUGCGACAUUGACUGUGCGGGCGCUGGCCAGGAUUUCGAUAGCAUACGCGACAAGUGCCAGCGGGUGCGAGAACUGGAUCUGGCACAGAAUAAGUUGGAGGACUGGCAAGAGGUGUUCAACAUACUGGAGCAAAUGCCGCGUCUGGAGUUCUUGAAUCUGAGCAAGAAUCGACUGAUGAGCGCACCAAGUGCAGCGCUGCAGGCGGCGCCAACGAUUAAUCUUAGAAAUCUAGUGCUCAAUGGCACUUAUCUGGACUGGGCGUGCGUCGACGCGCUGCUGCAGAAUCUGCCGGUGCUGCAGGAGCUGCAUCUAAGUCUGAACAACUACAAGGCGGUGCUGCUGGAUGCGCAAACGGAUGCGGCGCCUUGCUGCUGCCAGUGCGUGCCACAAACUGCAGCAGCUGAAUCCCAGGCGGAGGCUUCUUGCUGUGAGCUUUGCCAGGCGCAGCGCAAACUAACGCAGGCGCAUGAAUCGGUGCAGACGCUGCACUUUACCGGCAACCCCAUCGAGCAUUGGCAGGAAAUCUGUCGGCUGGGCAGACUAUUCCCCAAGCUGGAGACUCUAGUGCUGGCCGAAUGUCCCAUCAAGUCGCUGCAGUCGAGCCAAGUGGUGGCCAUGGAUUCGGCCAGCGAGAGCGAGUGCCACAAAUACUUUCCCUGCCUUAAGCUGCUCAAUCUAAGCAGCGCCAAGCUCAACAGCUGGGCGGACAUUGAUGAGCUGGCCAAGUACAGCAGGCUGGAGAAUCUGCGCGUCAAGCACUGGCCGCUCUGGGAGACGCUCGAGUGCACGGAGCAUGAGCGACGACAGCUGCUCAUAGCACGUCUGCCCAAUGUGGCGCUGCUCAAUGGCGGCGGCAAGAUCAGCACGGAUGAGCGCGUGGAUGCGGAGCGUGCCUUUAUACGUUACUACAUGGACAAGCCGGAGUGCGAGCAGCCGGCGCGCUAUGCCGAGCUGCUGGCCGUGCAUGGCAAGCUGGAUCCGCUGGUGGAUGUGAAUCUAAAGCCGGACAAGCGCGUCAAGGUGGUGUUCACUUUCAAGGAUGUGUGCGAGAGUCGCUUUGUGGACAUUUAUUUAACUGUCAACGAUUUGAAAAUCAAACUAGAGAAGCUCAUCAACUUGCCACCCAACAAGAUGCGUCUAUACUAUCUGGAUCAGGAUUACAGGGAGUUUGGGCCCGAGGAGAUGCGCUUUCCCAACAAAAAGCUCUACAGCUACAAUAUACAGUCGGGCGAUGAGAUCAUCAUCGAUGCCAAGAAGUGAGAGCGAGGAAGGCGCGGCAGCUGGGGUGCUAAACAGCAACAACCACUUGUGAUCUUGUAUCAUGCAAACUGACGGAUACAAACAAAUAUAUAUAUUAUAUAUCUACAUACUAUACAAAAAAUAUACAAAUACAAUUAUUCUACAUUUACGUUUUUUUAUUAUUAUGAUUUACCGCCUACUAAUACCAAUUACUGUAUAUACCAUUUAAACGGCCAAAACGUGUACACACACGCAUAAAAUACACACACACAAACACACACACACACAUAUUUUAAUUACCACCUAUUCUAAGGCAGCCACAGACUAAAUAAAAAUACAAAAAAAAA